CAUACCUUAUCACGUGACCAGCCACCGGUGACGCCUGUGUCUUGUACUUGGAAUAUUACAUCACUUUACGAGAUUAAUUUUCUUCGAUUUGUCCGGAUUUUAUAAUUGUUCACUUAUUUAUUGUUUUGCUGUAAGCAUCACCUGUCUUACUUUUAAUAACACUCAUAUUAAACUCUAAAAUCGAAAAUGACUCCACCAUCUUUCAGCGACCUCGGCAAGGAUGCCCGAAAUGUAUUCAAUAAUGGUUACGUUUUUGAUGUACUCAAAUUAGAUUUAAAAACUAACCAAAAUGUUGAAAUCAAAGCCGGAGGUACACAACACUUGGCAUCUGGUGCUGUAAAUGCUAAUUUAGAAACCAAAUAUGUGAUCAACAAAAAUAAGUAUCUUCUCACUUUUGUUGAAAAAUGGAAUACAAAUGAUGUGAUGACAACUGAAGCAUCAAUUAGCGGAUUAUUACCCGGAGUUAAACUAGUAGCUGAUGGCACGUUUGAUCGCAAAAAACAAUCCAAAGCAGUUAAAGUGAAAUCAGAGUUUAAAAAUGAUUAUGUUUCAGUUAACUUAGACACUGAAUUCCGUGGAUUAAAACCUUUAAUUAAUGCAUCAGGGGUUGCUGCCUACAAUGGUUGGUUGGCUGGUUAUAAUGUAAAAUAUAAUACUAAUGAUAAUGAACUGCAAUCUAAUAAUCUGGCUCUCAGCUAUAUUGCCAAAAAAUUUGUCUUUACUACAACUGUAAAUGAUUGCAAAGUUUUUGGUGGCUCAAUAUUCCAAAAAUUAUGUGACAAGACAGAUUUAGGUUUGCAAGUAUCAUGGUCUUCUGAGAGUAAUGACUCAUCUCUUGCAAUAGGAACUCAAUAUCAACUGAAUAGUGAUGUUAAAUUACGUGCUAAGAUUAACAAUAAAAGUCAAUUGUGUUUGGGGAGUGGAAUUAAAGUGAAAGAAGGUGUUACAUUAACAUUAGCAAGUAUGUUCGAGUGUCGUACAUUCAACCAAGGUGGUCACAAAUUUGGAAUCGGAUUAGAACUUGCAUUAUAAAGAACUAAAUAUUUGUUCAACUUGUAGACAAAAUUAAUUGUCAGUAAAAUUAGGAAUUCAAUUUAAUCAUAAGAAUAUUUUUUAUUAUAAAAUAGAAAAAAUCAGUGUAUUUAUUUAUAUUAGGACAUGGUUAUAUUUAAAAAAAAUUAAAAUUUUUCUGUUAAAUUAAAAAGCCAUUUGAUCA